UCCUCUCCACUUUCAUUAAUAUAUAAUUUUGGUUGGUUUGUUAAGUAGCUGUGCAAAAACAGCAUCCCCUUGUACGCAGCUGCUACUACAAUUCCUCCAGAUUGGCCGGAAGCGUUCCUUCUUCUCUCCUAAGUGACAUAAUUAACCAAAGAAGCGCAGAAAACAAGUGAACAUAUUAGGCCAAAAUGGCCUCAGCUGCUGUUGACCACGUGAUUGGACUAAUAGUGUCUACUGUUCAGAAUGAAGCAACAUUAUCAGUAGGCAUCAACGAUGAGCUUGACGAAAUUAAGAGAGAACUAGUAAGCAUGAAAUCCUUUCUACAUGAUGCUGAGAGAAAGCGAGUCAUGUCAGAAGUAAUGAAGACAUGGGUUGCAGAUGUGAGGGACAUUGCAGACCAAAUUGAAGACCUCAUUGAUGAGUACAUGUAUUACGUGUAUCGACAACAACAUUUCACAAAACUCCAUCGAAUUUUUCGCACUCCAAAAACUCGUUUGGAGACGCGUCAAAUUGCCUCUAAGCUGCAACAGAUCAAUAAAACCAUCAAAGGGAUGGAUGAGAGGAGACAGAGAUAUGGUAUUGAUCGUAUAGAAGGCACCAAUGACCACUACAAUUUUCCAUUGUACCAAAGGGAUUUAGCUCUUUUUAUGAAAGAAGAUGAUGUUGUAGGGUUUGUAGAUGAAAGUCGGCUGUUGAAAACAUGGUUAAUGGAUAAAGAAGAACAUCGAACUCUCAUUUCAACGGUUGGAAUGGGGGGAUCUGGUAAGACAACGCUAGUUGCCAAGACCUACAAUGAUGAAACUGUGAAAUCCUAUUUUGAAUGUUGUGCAUGGAUUACCGUCUCUCAGACAUAUACGAGAGAUGAUUUACUCAGAAGUUUAAUCAAAGAAUUCCACCAGUCAAGGAAGGAAGAAGUUCCUAAUGAUUUGGGAACAAAGGACUUUAAAGACCUCGUAGGCAUUCUUAUUGGGUAUUUGGAGCAGAAAAAAUACCUAGUUGUCUUGGAUGAUGUGUGGGAUACAAAUUUAUGGGAGGCAAUAAAGGUAUCACUUCCAAAUAAUCAGUUCGGAAGUCGGAUAAUGCUUACAACUCGAAAAGAAGAUGUGGGAUCUUAUUCUUCUGAUGUUAGAAGUCACAUUCUCACUAUUAAACCGCUGAAGGAAAAAGAAGCUUGGGAUCUCUUUUGCAUGAAAGCAUUCUCAAGUUGUCCUGGUAAUUCUUGUCCAAAAGAACUUGAACCUUGGGCAUUAGAACUGGUGAGAAAAUGUAAGGGCCUACCUCUUGCAGUUGUGGCUUUGGGCGGUCUCCUGUCUUCCAAAAAGUCAAUAACAGAAUGGAGUAGUGUUUGUGACAACUUGAACUGGCAGCUAAAUAAUAAUCAGAUGUUGGAAGUAGUCAAGAGCAUUUUGUUGCUUAGUUUCAGUGACUUGCCAUCCCCACUUAAGCAUUGUUUCCUCUAUUGUUGCCUUUUUCCAGAAGACUAUGAAAUUAGACGUAAAAGGCUCAUUAAACUAUGGAUAGCGGAAGGAUUUGUUCAGCAAGUUGACAGGACUGCACCAAAAGAAGUGGCAGAAAGCUAUCUCAUGGAACUCAUACUUCGAAGCAUGCUUCAAGUUGUCAGGCGAAAUGAAUUUGGGAGACCAAAACGUUGCAAGAUGCAUGAUCUUUUGCGUGAGAUUGGUCUAUCAAUAUCAGAGAAAGAGAAGUUUGGUGUUGUAUAUGAUGGAAAAGUUGAGAUUGGAGAAUGCGAAUCUCAUCAAGCUCGCCGCUUGUCUAUUCAAACAACUAAAGGGGAUCUUCAAUCAUAUAGCAGUAUCACACGACUUCGUUCACUUUUUGUAUUUGUGAAUGGUUCUGUGUCUUUCUCAAAUACAUUGCUGUCAAAAUUCAAAUUAUUGAGGACUUUGGAUUUGGAAAAUGCCGCAAUUGAUGUAUUGCCAGAAGAGCUGGGGACUCUAUUCAACUUAAGGUACUUGAACUUGAGAGGGACUCCAAUGGCAGAGCUUCCAAAAUCUAUUGGAGAACUCCGAAACCUCGAGCUGUUAGACAUUAGUGAAACAAAUAUAAAAGAACUUCCGAGUGAAGUAGCUAAGUUGCAGAACUUGCGCCAUCUAAAUAUGUGGAGUAAGUUUAUUGCGGACAUCCAUAAUUUUGAACUUGUCAGGGGGAUGCAGGUACCAUUUGAAAUUAGCAAAUUGAAGAAAUUGCAAGUCAUGGCAAACAUUGAAGCCGAAGGCAACAUAAUAAAGCAACUUAGAAGUAUGACCCAAGUAAGCAGAAUGGGCAUUUCAAAUUUGAAAGAAGCAGAUGAACAGAACAUGUGCUCUUCAAUCCAGAACUUGAAACUACUGCACCACUUGUGUCUAAUGGUGAAUAAUGAAACGGAGUUCCUUCGAGUGGAUGCAUUGAGAACACCCCCACCCCAACUUCAGAAGCUUUUUUUGUUUGGGAAACUAGAAAAUGUACCGCAUUGGUUUUGCUCACUUCAAAACCUAACAUAUUUGUGGUUGCAUUGGUCUAGAUUGAAGGAUGAUCCACUCCCCCACAUUGCAGCACUGCCCAAUUUAAGAAAGGUUAUUCUAGUUAAUUCCUUUGUUGAAGAAAAUCUACAUUUCUGCAGUGGCUUUGCUAAGCUUAAAAUAUUAUGGUUAUUAGUUUUCCCUCAACUGACAGGAAUUACUAUACAGAAGGGGGUUAUGCCAGAUAUCCAAGAAUUGUGGAUCGAUUCCUGCUUGAUGUUAAAUGCAGUGCCUUAUGGUAUUGAAUCCCUAACCAAUCUUCAAUCUCUGCUUUUGACAAACUGUUCUGCAAGUCUUAUAGGACGCGUAAAUGAUGUGGAAAGCAAAGAUCGUUCAAAGGUGCUGCACAUCCCAAAUAUCAAGUGUUUUAAGCGUAGAGCUAAAUUAUCAUAUAGAUUCAGCCCAGAAGUCAAGAAAGAAUGAGCAUAUUUAUAUUCAAGAAUAUUUCCGUUGUAAUAAAAUUAAAUGAAGCAUUGUAUAAUUUAGUAGACCUGCAACUGGUGAUUUUGGGUGUG